ACCCAAGAACACAGGAAAGAAUUGGACCGAUUCUCUCAGGUUAUCGAUUAUGUUGAGAGUAACUGGAAAUCUCUCGGCGGCAACUUCUCCGGUGGCGACUCUCUCCAACGCUCUCAGACUAUCCCUUUUGCCGUCUCUCUCUUUCGCUUCCCCUUCUUUUCUCCGUCGCUUCUCGUCGUCUUCUUCUCCGUUUCUUCGCAAACCUAUCUCCUUUCUCCGACCACGCAUUCCCUCCUCGUUCUCCUCUAGGGUUUCGAAAAUUUCGCAUCCCAAAUCGAUGGGUUUGUUUCCUUGGCGCUCUCCAUCUUUGUUCAUCCCUUCGUAUAGCAGUGAGAGCGGUCGGGGUACUUCCGGUAGAGAGGUUAUGGUGCAGCACUUGCUUGUGAAGGGUGAUGAUCUUGAGCUCCUGACCGAAAUUCAACAAAGAAUCUUAGCUGGAGAGGAUAUGGGUGAUCUUGCUGCCGAGUACUCUAUCUGCCCAUCUAAAAAGGAAGGAGGUAUGCUUGGAUGGGUGAGAGUGGGUCAAAUGGUACCUGAGUUUGAGGAGGCUGCGUUUGAAACGCCUUUGAAUCAAGUUGUUAGGUGUAAAACCCAAUUUGGAUGGCAUUUGUUGCAAGUUUUAUCUGAGAGGGAAGGGUUAAAAGAGGUAGGGGUGGAGGAGUUGCAUUCCAAAAUGCAAGACCCGGCGUUCAUGGACGAGGCUCAAUUAAUCGACGUCAGAGAACCUGAUGAGAUAGCCAUUGCGUCCUUGCCCGGUUUCAAAGCGUUUCCACUCCGCCAAUUCGGGAACUGGGCUCCGGACAUUACUUCAAAGCUCGAUCCUCACAAGGAUACAUACGUAAUGUGUAAGGGCGGCAUGCGGUCCAUGCAGGUUGCAAAUUGGUUGCAGAGUCAGGGAUUCAAGAGAGUGUACAAUGUAGCCGGAGGAAUAAAUGCGUACUCUCUCCGGGUCGAUCAAUCCGUUCCAACUUACUAAUAUUUUUGCAUGAGAGAGUUCCAACAUCAUUGGAUAGAGGAGGAGCUGAGGAUGAAGAAGAUUCAAGAUUGUGACGCCAUAUCUUGAGACCAUUUUAAGACGCAAAUGUAAGGUUUCUGAUUAUUGCUUUAGUUAUAAUUUGAUGUGAAGAUUUGAUAUUCCCCAAAAGAUAGUGUUCAUAUGAAAACUUGUCAAAUUCCAUCAUAAAGUGGGAAUCUUUACCCACGCAAAAAAAAAUCGAUUUUCUUUCGGUUA